ACAAUAGCCCUAUUUAUAUCUAGUUCUGACAAGCAACGUAUGUUUUAAUUGUACACCUGUUCAAAACAUGGGCAGAAUUAUAAUGUGGACAAGAUCAGGACACAUGUUAGCACCAAGUAUAAACUGGGCUAGUGACUUGGUGUUAGAUCCUUAAAAAUACAGACACAGAAACACACAGACAGAAACGCACGUAUUGAUAAAUGCAUGGAGGGACUUGCGCGCACAACACUGAAAGAGAAGAAAGUGUGGGCUGUAGGGAGAGAAAUAAGCACUUACACAGACACAGAUUGGAACUAUGAACCUUCACAUCCUGCUCAGCCGCUGGAACUAAUUUGCCACACAGCUACUACUGGAGCCUCUCAACUCACAGAAUGACACACAACACCACCUCCAAUAUCCUUCAGUUCCCCUACUACAAUGCAGCCACCAAAGAUGAAAAAGUCACAGCGGUAGACAUUGAUGCUAUCAUGGACAACUUCAUUAUUGUCCUCUAUACCCUCACUAUUGUUCUGGGAACCAUAGGAAACUCAGUAGUCAUCUGGGUGGCUGGUUUCAAGCUCAAACCCACAGUCACUAAUGUGUGGCUGGUAAACCUGGCUGUGGCUGACCUUAUCUUCUGCAUGAGCCGCUCACUCUCAUUGAUCAAGAAGCUCUUUUACAACUACUGGCCAUUCAGCGAGUUCCUUUGCAAAUUCAAUGGCUUUUUCAAGUAUGCCAACAUGUUCUGCAGCGUCUUCCUGCUCGCUGUCAUCAGCAUAGACCGGGCAUUGUGCAUCUGGCAUCCCAUCAUUACCAAAAAUCGGCGGACACUCUGUGCUGCCCGCCUGGUGAGCGCUGUUGUGUGGCUAGUGGCGGUCAUUUUGAGUGCACCUUACUUUGCCUACCGCCAGGUCUUCAUGGACAAGAAUAACCUGAGCAAGUGCUCCAUGGAGGUCAGAGAGAAUAAGGAAAGUGACAAGCUAGCGCUCUACACCAUUCGCUUCCUCUGCGGUUUCCUGCUCCCAUUCAUCAUCAUCCUCAGUUGCUACAUUCUGGCAGCACUGGGCAUCAGACGCACCCGCCUUUCAGGAAAGUCGCGUCCUCUCCGUGUCCUGGCGCUGCUGGUUUGUGCCUUCUUCCUGUGCUGGGCUCCUUACCACAGCUUUCUACUGGCCAAGAUGGUGGACAGAAAGAGUAAGGUGGUGAAGGUUGGACUGAACAUAGCUAAAGCCUUUGCCUACUUCAACAGUUGCAUCAAUCCACUGCUGUACUUCUGCAUGGGGCUGAAUGUGAGAGGAUCAAGGUUCGGGCGGAGCAUAAUGGGGGUGUACCAGCGAGCACUGGCUGAAGACGGGGAUGGACGCAACACACACUCUAAUGAGCGCACGGUGGAUUAUGAUACUUCUGGUUCUGCAUCACAACCAUCAAUGCUGACCGGUCACACUCGACUGAACAUAUCAAACACCUGAGGGAAAUCCCAAUGGGUAUGGUGAGGGGAUUCAUCUCACAAAAUGUUGUUAUGGCUUAGGUAUAUGCUGUCAUGGCUUGUGUAGACUCACCAAAAUGUUUCUUUCUGAGUUCACAACUUCUACAUUAUAUUGACUUUAGUUUAGAGAACCAGAAUCUAGAUUACAGAGAUCAUCCAGAACAAGUGAAUAAAUGUAAAUUACUCAAUAAAAGAUUCUCACACUU